AUGGGAGUGAGUGACUCAGGACACAGAAAAGUGACCAUAUUAACAGGUGUUGAUAUAAUUUGCAUGAAGAAUGAAAUAGAUUCACAACACCUACAACUGAAAUUAACCUUUUCUCCUCUGAUCUUUUAUGCAGGGUUUUUUAAGCCCCACAUCUGGAAAUGUGCAGUGUCAGAUAAAGUUCCCCUAAAGAAAGAACCGGAGGAUCAGGUUGAAACAAAACGUGUUUUAAGAACUGAUAUAGUUGGUUGUAUCAAACUAGAAAGAGACAACACCGUGUUGGCAACAUUGAUCCAAGGAUAUUGUGGACUUGUUUCGGACCAGUCCUGCGAUACGCAGUAUAUGUUGAAAGGCAGUUCCAGGGACAUAACCAAGACAGAGAAAUUACAGGUAGAAAAUAGUGCAUCACUACUACUGCACAAUGCAAAAAAUAUCCGCUUGGGAAGUAUGACUUUAUUUCCAUAUAACAAGCUACAACUACUCUACCAUCACUUCAAACAAGAUUCUGUCAUUUCUGCAGAGAUGCGUGAGAAGUAUUGUUGGAAGUUCAAAAGUAGGUCAUGUUGUGAAUUGGAGGAUACACAACUUGAAAACUGUGAAAUUAUGAUAGAGAAGGAUUUUAUGGUACAUGAAUUUAAGAACCUUCCCUCUCAGAGGGAAGUGUCUGAUAUGAAUGGACUUGUGUCUGUGAGAGACUGUGUUUACAAUCAAAAGGGUCAACUUGUUUGUAUGUUUAUUUGUUUUGAUACUGUUUACUCAGAUAGUUCAAGUGAAAUUUCUUCAAGUAGUUCUUAUCGUGAUUCUUGGGAUUCAGAUUGUGAUAGCGAAGAGUUUAUUGUCUUUGAUGGUUCUUGCACAGAUAAGAAUGUUCAUUAUGGAAGCCUUGAUUUUGUGUGUGAGGAAGGCGAUAUGUGGCAAGAAACCUGCACCCCAUCACUGCCCUUGAACUCUAAUUUGUACUGUGAAGUGUCGUUGAUGAAGUCAUUUGACAGGAAACUGGAUUCAUUUGUCCAGGAAAUUUUGCAUCCAAAUUUCUGUCAUAGCUAUGAUGAGCACAUCGUAGACAGGAAUAGUCGUAAGCAUGCACAACAUGAAAGCAAUAAAGACUUAACGUCUACAAACUCAAGUAGCAAGACCAUCUCUAAACGAAAACUGAAAAAGAAGGUUCAUUUUAAGCCAGACAAUGAACUUACUACUGUUCAUCCAAUGUUUGUCUGGAACUUUGCUUACAAACAAGCACGCAAAGGAACAUGGGAGGCUGAUGCCUUAGACAGGCUCCGUUUUCAGAAGCGUGUUAAGGAACUUGAUCAAAUUUUAACUCCUGUUUUGCUGGCAAAAUGGAAGAAAGUUGUUGAAACUUGA